AUGCAGCAGAUGGAUGAGUCAAACAAAGAGGAUGAAAAAUGCAGUGAAGACAACACUAAACCUAGCAGAUCUGGGACUCAAUCCUGCAAGGUGCUGGGACUUUUCCAAGGACACCUUGGACAACUCUAUUCCAGGUCCACCUCUGUUGACCUGUGUGAGAGCUCAGAGAUAGCAGCAGCUGUUCUCACCACGCCAAGUCAAGAUGUCGCUCUCCGCAUUAAAGAGAGGGUAAAAGCCCUCCCUCUGAAACACGAGGAGAGAACCAAGGCUGCUGGAAUAAUUAAUGGGUUCAUUGACCCAUUCAUUAGCUACCUGAAGGAGUAUCCAGAGAGGCCCUACUUUAAGGAGGUGACCAAGUUGACCACGGGCAGCUACUAUGAGUUUGUGAAAAUUGCUCACCCAGAUGAGUUUGACCUGAUGCUGGCUCUGCCAGUUCCAAGAUAUGUUAAGUACACGGAGGUGGAUGACUGCAAUGGGCUCUACUACAAAGUUACUUUACCGAGGAAGCCCCGGAGCUUUCCCACACCUUUCCUGCUGGAGGAUAGGAGUACCGUGUCACCUGUGAAAGUCCUAAAGGAAUUCAGGAAACAUGUCAGUCAGUUCAUCACAUCAUCCUACAAAGUGCCUUUCCCAGGGUGGAAAAUGAAGCUAAGCAGGAAGAAACAGAACAGCCCAGCAGCUACUGUCGUGCUGCUGGAUGACAAAGGUGGUGAAGUCAUGUCUGUAGAUCUCGUUCCUGCUUUGGAAAUCUCAACCCCCUGGCCUGAUUCAUGUGGGGUAGGGAAGGAUGUUGAAAAAUGGCUGGGGAAGAAAACCAAGCAGAGGAAUAAGUCAUUUUAUUUUGUUGCCAAGCAGCCACGUGGGCACGAUGACAAAGAGGUCUGGAGAAUUUCUUUUUCUCAUAUUGAAAAGGAGAUUUUGAAUAACCAUGGCAACACUAAAACCUGCUGUGAAUCUUAUCGUACCAAGUGCUGCAGGAAAACCUGUAUCCGGCUGCUGAAGAGCCUUUUUGGGGCCCUGAAGAAAGAUUAUCCCAGGCAACUAAGUCACCUGUGCUCUGACUAUGCAAAGACGUCCUUUCUCCACACUCUGACGCAGUGGAAAGAGGACUCAGACUGGAAACCUUCUGACAUCGCCUGCUGUUUUCUCAGAGUGCUGGAUGACUUCGUUCAGCACGUGGAAAACACCAGCCUGCCCCAUUUUUUUAUUCCAAACUGCAACCUGUUCUAUAGCUUCCCUCCAAAGGAGUUGAAAUUCCUGCUCGAGCGCUUACGAGAGCAGAAAGGGAAUGGGUUGCAAGCAUUUGCAGCCCAUGAGAAAUAG